AUUGUGACCAAGUUAUUGCAUGCCAACUGUUUGAAGAAUGAUACAACAUAUUUUGGUGCUACUGUUGGCCGGGUAGCCAACAGAAUUGGAGGAGCUCAGUUUACUCUAAAUGGAAUCCAUUACAAAUUAGUUGCCAAUGAAGGAAACAACACACUUCAUGGUGGAUCCAGAGGAUUUAGUGAUGUUCUUUGGAAAGUGGAAAGGUAUCAAAAGGAAGGUCCAAGUCCUAGAAUCACUUUCAGUUACCACAGCGUUGAUGGUGAAGAAGGAUUCCCUGGUGAUGUGAUUAUAAGUGUGAGCUACAUUCUAAGUGGGAAAAACCAAUUGGUUAUACUUAUGAAAGGAAAAGCUCUGAACAAACCAACUCCAUUGAACUUGGCCAACCAUGCUUACUGGAACCUAGGAGGCCAAAACAGUGGCGACAUUCUGAACGAGGUUGUGCAGAUAUUUGGUUCACAAAUCACAGUAGUUGACAGCAAACUCAUUCCCACAGGAAAAUUUGCUUCUGUGAAAGGAACAGCUUAUGAUUUCCUUAAGCCACAGAUUAUUGGAAGCAGGAUCAACCAGCUGGCUGAAACCAAAGGUUAUGACAUCAACUAUGUGCUGGAUGUUGAGAAGGGAAAAAAGAAGAAACUAGCAGCUAUAGUGCAUGAUAAGAAAUCUGGAAGAGUGUUGGAGCUGUACACAAAUGCUCCUGGUUUGCAGUUUUACAGUGGUAACUAUAUCAAGAAUCUGAAGGGGAAAGGUGGAUUUGUAUACAAUGCUCAUGCAGGACUGUGUUUGGAGACUCAAGCCUUCCCUGAUUCUGUGAAUCAUCCUAAUUUUCCUUCGAUAAUUGUGACCCCAGAAAAGCCUUACAAUCACUAUAUGCUCUUCAAGUUUUCCACCAAAACUCACUAUUAGUUUAGAGAGACACGAGGAAUCAUGUUUCUCCCAAUUUCAAUUUACCACGCUAAAUCAAUGUAACCGUUAUAAAUCUGGAUUUCGUCCAUAUAUUGUAGCCAUUACAAUGAAUAAUUUAGUGUUCUCUCUCAUAA